CGCAUGGAUUUAUGUGCAAAUCUUCCUUUAAACAAGAGAUGUUCAUUCAUCGUCAUAUGAACGAGUUUAUUCUGAUGAACACAUGAAUAUAAACGCAGACACUCUGAUGAGCGAGUGAGUAAUCCUUCAUUUGUUCUUUAUUUACACACUGAUUGAUAGACGGAAAAUAGGACACGAAAAGCUGCACGCGUUUGAUCGGAAUGACAGAUAAACGCAUUUCAUUUUGAUUGGAGUUAAAUGCGUUCAAAUGCGUCUGAUGUGAAUGAGAGAGACGCGUUAAAUGCGUCUGAUUUUGACGGGAAAUAAACGCGUCUGAUGUGAAUGUGCGUCUAUACUGUGGAAUAAUGGUGGAUAACCGGUACGCCACAGCUCUGGUCAUCGCCGCUGUUUUAAGCGUCCUGGCGUCCGUAUAUCUGUCGGUGUCGGUAGGUUCGCCGCACUGGUACCGGUACACGAGCCCGCCGGUGCACGCGGAGCACAACGCCACCGAACUGCGAGCGCUGCAGGAAGAGUUUCUGGACGGAGAGUUCGACGAGAAAACCGCGAGUGACGCGCUCUUCCGCAUGAACGGAACGCUUGGACUGUGGUGGAGAUGCGUUCAGACGCACCUUGACGCGCACUGGUACAAGGAACACGGUACACACUCUAUUAUUACUAUUAUUAAGAUGAUUGUGACACACACACAGUGUGUGUUUAUGUUUACACAGUUGUGUUUGUUGUGUUCAGAUCCACAGAUGGUUUUGGAGUGUGUAAGUUUCACUCCCUCACAACAGUUCACACCAAAAUACAAAGAACCAGGAAACCACAACAGUGGAGAAGACAUGAUACGAACAUAUUUGUGGCGUUGUCAGUUUCUGCUGCCGCUGGUCUCUCUGGGACUGGUGGUUUUGGGCGGUCUGAUUGGGUUCUGUGCAUGUGUGUGCAGCAGUCUGGCGCCGGCACUCUUCAUCGGCUUGUUGCAGCUGCUCGCAGGUUUGUGUUCUCUGGCGACUGUGUGCUGUUUCCUGGCGGGGAUGGACCUGCUUCACCGCGUGUCCAUGCUGCCGGAUCGUGUGGACGCAAGUCUCGGCUGGUCGCUGUAUCUGGCGCUCAUCGCGUCUCCUCUGUACAUGAUGUCGGCCGCGCUGCUCGUGUGGGCCGCUCGCAGUCACAGUCAGACUUACGACCGCAUGGCUGUGUACAGAGUCGCAUAAAACAUCAGAGAUGCUCGCGGACGAAAGAUCGGAUCAGUGUCGAGUUCAGCAAAUUAAUUAUGAUUGUGAUAACCCUAACCCUGAACUCGAAUGAACUUUGACAUUGAAUCUGUAGAGCAAUCACAUCCUGACAAAUGAAAAAUGCACUUUUGGAAAAGAGAAACUGCCUGUGUGUGUAACUUACAGAUACAGUGUGAGUGUCUGUGUGUGUGUGAUUGCGUGUCUUUGUGUGUCUCUCUCUGUGUGAGAGAGUGUUCAACGUAUUUUACUCAGUUGUGUUUAGAGUUCAGUAUGGAUGCAGGCAGGGGUCAAAAUUACAUCUUUGCCACACAUGGCAGUUAAUAAAGUUUACUGGUCAUAUACUGUAUUUUCUUACUGCCAUGAAACAAUAUUUUCCAUUAUGUUUUAUUAAUAACUGUAAUAAUGGGGACAAAAUAUUUAGUUUUUGUUUUUUCUUAGGAGUUUUGGAAAAAAAAAAGAGAACUUCAGACGUCUAAUAGUGAGUUCAGCUCCAGUUGUAAUUAAACACAUCUGACUGUAAUUAUCAAAUAAUCCUGAAGACACUGAUCAGCUCUUUCAGAUGUGUGUGAUAGAUUUGAAAUUAUAUUGAAUUUCAAUUAUUAUUAUUGUAGUUAAAAACAUAAAUUUCAAUAAUAGAAGUACAUAACAAAAUUAUCAGCUAUUUGGCGAGUAAUUCCCUUUUAUUUGGCGAGUGUUAAUUUUAGACAAUGGAUGUUGGUCUACGGCAGUCUCGUGACUAUGUGGUCUCGCUGACCUGACGGUUUGUAGAACAAGAACUGAUUCACCAAAUCUUUACAUAGGUUUUAACAUUUUGUGUGUAUGUUUAAGUGUUUGUUUCCAUUUAAACACUGACAAACUUUCAGUCAAACACUAUAGUGUAAUCUGUGGUAUAAUGUCAUGCACAGAGAUGAUUUGCUGAUUUUCUCCUGUAUUAUUAAACACAUUUAUCUUGUGGUUUAGAGAAUGGCCAGGAAACUUUGUGUGUAUUGCUUUUAAUUUAUUAAUUCUAUUUAUUACUAUCAUUUGAAUGGAUUUUAUUGAGAUGCUUUACAUUUAUUUUGGUCAUUUCUAAUGUUGUUGCCAUAAAAAUAAUAUAAAUGUGUGUGCCAGUGUGAAAACUGGUUUUGGAAUAGAAAACAAAUUACAUGUUGAAUACUGCACAGUGUUUACUGCCGGCUUUUAUUUUGAAGUGGUAAGUGAAAUCGUGUGCAACAGUAAACAUUUCAAACUACAGUAUGCUGUAUUAUUGUCUCGUGACCUCAUCAUGCUGCAUGUUUAAUUCACUGAUUGGCAUCCAGUUAUCUGGGAAAUAAAAUUGUUGUGUAAAAAUGU